AUGUCGGACAUGGGGAGGGUGAAGGUGACGGCGUGGAACCCCCUGGAGGUGUACCAAUCGGCAUAUCUCUUCAGAUGCUUCUGCUUCGAGCCCAGCCAGCCGAGCAAAACCACCACCGUCUGGGACCUGUCAGGCGAGCCGCCGCACGCCCUCGGGUCCGGCAGGUGCCAGCGGUACAGAACAUCCGAGGAGGAGGAAGGGAUGGCCGGGAGCGAGACGACGUCGUCGGGGAGCCUGUGGUGGUGGGAGAAUUUGUCGGGCAGCUCGAUGGAGGAGACGGCGGCGAAGGCGGCCACCGCCAUGGCGGAGAGGGGCCGGUGGAAGGAUGCCGUCGUGUGUGAGGCCUUCCUCCGCAUCCAACCCCACUUCGGGCGGUGGCCCAAAGUCUUUAACGUGAAGCCGAAGGUGGUGGAUGGCCAGCACGCGGAGUGCGGAGGAGCCAUGGUGAUGCUAGUUUGCCGGAUCCUUCCGUGCCAGCGCCGAAGCCGCCCUCCAUGGGGGUUCAAUCCGAAGAAGCACCAGACCCUGGUGAGGCUCUUCGAGAGUACUCACGAAGCUGCAUGGAAGUUGCUCUUUAAGGGCAAUGAGAAACCGCCGGCCGCAGAUUCAGAUCGCGGGCACGACGCUAUACGCCUUGAUGAUGCCUGA